ACAUCUUACUUUUAGUAGAUAUGUGAGGUUUGUCAAUCCCAAAGUCAUCCUCCACCAAGCCAACGCAACAUCUAUUGCCAAGAAUUACGAAUGUCAGAAACAAGUAACUAUUUCUCCAGUUCUGAUGGCCAUUUUUGUGACUUGGAGAACUGCAGAAUUAGGACGUCCCUGAAACUUCAUUCAUUUGGUAGGAGGUUUUAUAGUUGUCGCUAUUGGUCACCAGAUGAUGACCGUGCAUGCAAGUUCUUUAAGUGGUUAGAUACCAGCAUUUGUUGUACGCGUGGUGCAGCAGUAGCACCUAUAGUUAUUGCCAAAUUCAACCGAUUGGAGCAUGCGGUGGAAGUUGCCAAUGAAGAGUCGAAGCAAGCACAUGCCUUGACAGCUGCAGCAUUGGAAAGGGAGCGAGUUGCAAAACGAAAGUUUGAAAGAGCCAAGGUUGCACGCAUGAUUUCUGAAGAUAAAGCAAAGAAGUUGACAAUAGCUUUAGUAGUCUUGGGGGUCAUGUUUCUAGUAUUGCUUAUUUUGUCUACUAGGUUUGGGGAAGUCAAAAUCAGGCAGAUGUGUCUACCAUAAUGGGAUGUAUAUGUACGUAAUAACUGCAAGUUGUAUUAUUACAUUUGUUUUGUAUGUUAAUUGUACUAUUGCAA